CGUUCUCACAUUUAUUCCGAGUUGGACUGAAUUCGUGCUGACUGAUUGGUCUGUAAUAUUACCGUAAAAGAUUACUGGCCAAUUAGAAAGCUCUGUUUUUCUGGUGUGCGCAGAACAGCGUGAAAAGGUUUCGUGUGCUCACAGUCGUACCUGGCAUAGUUUGAUCGUGCUCUUAACACUUUGACAACCAAAUAAAAACAUAACCUCGGUAAAUUCUGUUGCAUACUUCUACCUGAUUUAUUAAAAGAACAUUAAAGAAGAAGAAAUGUAUUUUGUCUGAAGGUUUAAAGAAUAAAAAAAUGGUACAACCGUUUCACUAAGCCGUUAUUUGCAAACUCCAUCGUUAGAUAUGAAAAGAGCCGCAGACGCACUGGAAGACACAAUGGACUUGUUGAAGUCAAAACGACAAAACGUAGAAAAUGUGUUUCAGCAAUUAUUUGCAGAAGCUCAAGAAGUAGCAAGACAAUUAGAUGUUCAAUUAAAAUCACCUCGAACUAAUGCACGACAAAUGCAUAGAGCGAAUCAUCCGGCAGAAACUGUAGAGGCGUAUUUUCAUAGAUCAAUCUACAUACCUCUUCUAAAUUUCAUCGUAAAUGAUCUGAAUUACAGACUUUCUCCUGAUGUCUUAGACUUAUUUCAGUUAGGAGUAUUUUUACCGAAAUCGACAUACUCUGACCAAGACAUUGAUACUGUCAAAAAAGUUGUACAAAUUUAUAAAUUUUUUUUUAAUGACACUGAAACUUCAAUUAUUAACGAAUAUCGACUUUGGAUGAUUAAAUGGAAAAGAGAAAUAGAAAAUAAAUCACCUAUCCCCGAUUCGGUAGUUGAUCUAAUAGAUCACUGUGACAAGAAUUUGUAUCCGAACAUUAAUAUUUUCUUAAUAAUACUGGCUACUCUUCCAGUCAGUGCUGCAACUCCAGAAAGGUCAUUUUCAACUAUUCGCAGAUUAAAAACUUGGCUUCGCGCCUCCAUGGAACAAGAGAGAUUAACAGGAUUAGCUCUUCUCAACAUUCAUAAAGAUUUAACCUACCGAAAUGGUAUAUGUGAUCAUGGCCUUAGGACGAACCAUUCCCGAGAUGCGAGCAAAAAGGCGGCGCGCCGCAGCGCAAGGUGA